AUGGUUUCUUCUGCUGAUAACGCUCCCGUGAUCGCAUUCAUCGGCGCAGGUAACAUGGCUGAAGCUGUGUUGGGUGGCCUCUACAGCAAUGGCCAUCCCAAAUCACAUUUACGCUUUUCCGAGCUCUUAGAUGAACGUCGCAACUACAUGAGCGAGAAAUACCCUGGCGUCUUCAACAGUGCCUCCAAUGAUCAAGUUGUCGAAGGUGCUGAUAUUGUCAUCUUUGCUGUCAAACCUCAAGUAUUACGUCCUGUCGUCACUGGCUUGGCUCCUGCAUUACACAAAAACCCUUCUGCAUUGCUCAUUUCCAUCGCUGCAGGCAUCGAGACAUCUGCCAUCCUGAAUUGGCUGGACGCUAAGGAUUAUGAGGCUCCUUUGAUCAGAAUUAUGCCCAACACACCCGCCUUGAUUGGUGAAGGUGCUACUGGGUUAUUCGCUACAUCUGUAGUUACACAGCAGCAAAAGGAAUUGACAGAACGUUUAUUGGGUUCUGUUUCAAAGGUUUUGUCUUGGGUAGAUUCUGAAUCGUUGAUUGAUACCGUUACUGGCGUAAGUGGUAGUGGUCCUGCGUAUUUCUUCUUGAUGAUGGAAGCUAUUGAAAAUGCUGGUGUGGAUGCUGGUUUGUCUCGCGAGGAUGCUAAAGCUUUAACUUUGCAAACUUGUCUGGGUGCUGCUCGUAUGGCUCAAAAUUCAGAGGAUGAUUUAACAACACUGCGUAAAAAGGUAACAUCUCCCAACGGCACAACUGAGGCUGCUAUCAAGUCAAUGCAAGGCGCUCAGAUUGAAGAGAUCCUAAGAAAUGCUGUGUUUGCUGCCACAGAUCGUAGUAAGGAGUUGGCAGCUCAGUUGGGUAGAGAUCAAUAA